AUGAUAUGGCAAGUUGCGCAUGCUUCUUUGGAGGCCAUCCGUCUCUCGUCCCCUUUGACGAGAUACACGGAACAGAUCGCGAGACCGAAUGCAGAAGCCUUCGAGUGGAAGUGGUAUCCGACAUCGUGUCCCUGUUGCAGACGACCCCUGGACAUAACAGUCUUCACUUCCGAGAAGCCGGCUGCUCUGGCCGACGUGCCAGCGUUCAGAGAGCCUCGACACGCUUAUGUUUGCGUUGUCUGGGGUGCAAAUUCUGGCUACGCCCUGGGGGCUGCAGUUCUGGGCGCGAGACUCAAGGAACUGCAAGCAGAGCAAGGUGACGCGGCUGACUUGAUUCUGAUGCACACCGAUGAUGUGCCCUCGAACUAUUUGGAGCAGCUUUCAAAGAUCUGGAAGCUGCAAAGCAUUGAUUACAUUGACGGCGUCCCCGCCCUGUACACCACGAAGGGCACGCGCUUCGACGGAGUUUUCACGAAGCUAAGUGCUUGGAAGCUCGUCGAGUACGACAAGGUGAUGCUCUUGGACAUCGACACGCUGCCGGUGAAGUCCCUCCGUGGCCUCUUUGAUCUGGAGCCCCCUGCAGCCCUCGUCCGAGGGAGCUGCGAGCUGGACCACGGCGCAGUGGUGGAUGGCCGCUCCUUCUUCAGCGAGGGCGGCUGGGAGCCGGGUGGUUGGCUACAGUCCGGAGGCAUCAACGCGGGCCUGAUCCUCCUGCGGCCGUCUCACGACACCUUCGAACAGAUGCUGAGCGAGGUCACUUCCGAGCACCAUCCUGCCCACAUUGCCGGGAACGGCCCGGAGCAGGACUACCUGACCCGCUUCUUCGCGGCAGACCUUCAGCAGCCUUGGCGACACAUCGACGUGUCCUACAACUUUCAGCUGCACCACAUUCCCUUUGCCUUGGAGCAGGUAGUGCGCCACCGAAAUAGGCUUGAAUGGCUUGGCGAGUCCGACUGCGAAGAAUCAGACUGGAUGCCCCGUCGACUCAAAAUCGGCGCGGAGGACAUCAAGCUGGUACACUUCAGCGGCGAGUUGAAGUACUGGCACAUGAUGCUCUGCGACGAAAAAGAUAUGGAGUUCAGCAUAGAGAGAUUUGCGGAGAAGAUGUUGGCUGAAUUCGCAUCCUAUGGAGCCUGGGUGACUGGAGAAGACGACAUUGCAGAGUACGGAGCUCAUCGCUGUGACGGUCGUAUCUUUCUGGAGGGCAAUCCUACGAAGGACAUCACGGACUUGGUGCAGAGUGCUUUCCAGCACGCUCGGGAGAUUUGCACGGCCUCGUGUUCCAUUUGGCACAGCUGUGCCCUCCGGCUCCUGGACCGCCAGCCAGGCUUGCUCCGGGAGCUGGAGUUUCCCCGCGUCCCGGAGGGCUGCGCGCCGCCCGGCGCAGCGGUGCACGUGAUGUGGCCUGACAACGGUGCAGGCUCUUGGUGGCACCCUGCCCGUGUAAUGGCUGUGCACGCCGACGGGAGCUACACGGUACACUACCAUGCACAAGACAAGGGCUGGUCUUCCUGCAUGGAGCGAAAUGUCGAUGCUGCUCGUGUCUGGUGGGAGCGUGAGAGCUCCGAGAAUUGA